AAGUUUGAAUGAAUCACCUGACUGUGACGUUCGUCUCUGAGGCAAGAUGGCCACCGCCGGCAGAAUGAGCGUUGACGGAGGAGAUAUGAUGCGCUAUGCUGAAUAUUCUCCUAAACCCGACGCCAGGAGCGACGCAGAUAUAGACAGACGCCUGGGAGGGACUCUGAUCGCAGUCGGUCUCGGUGUUGCUGCUGCAGGUUUUGCCGGCCGCUAUGCAUUCCAGCUGUGGAAGCCUCUGGGGCAGAUCUUCUCUGAAACCGUCAGGAAGAUGCCCUCGUCUGCUUUCUCGCCGUAUUACAAAGGAGGUUUUGAACAAAAGAUGUCCAAGCGAGAGGCCAGCCUCAUCCUUGGCAUCAGCCCCGUCACCACUAAGGCCAAGGUACGCGACGCCCAUCGGAGGAUCAUGGUCCUCAACCAUCCUGACAAGGGUGGGUCCCCAUAUCUGGCCGCUAAGAUCAACGAGGCCAAAGACCUUUUCGACAAGGAGAACCGGCGAUGACCUGCACAGCGAACCAACGCUUAGAGAAGCCGUUACAUCUCCGCUCCACCAACGUGGAAACCCUGCAUCCACGCCGGCUGCUGGAGGCAACGUCUUCAUUCUAACUAUUUAUAAAUGUAUGUCAGGGGGAAGGAUGAUAAUGACUUAGCCUGUUCCCAUGUACUCAUUUCUAAUACAUUAGGUUUUAACUAAGGGCAUGAAUGCAAGAUUAAUGUAUUUAAGGAGCAGGACCACGUCGCGUUAAAAUAUUCCAUGUUUGAACAGUUGGUGAAAGUUUUUUUUAUAAAUAAACUUAUUUGAAAACA